AAAUUUAGGAACACGUCACUCAUACAUUGACAUUUGUUUUACGUUGGCAUUCGGUAAACGUCAAGUUUGUAGCAAACGAAGAAGACUUACAUUUAUCCAAAGAAAGAUAAAGUUCUUCACCAGAAUGAAGUAUAAAUCAUUAUUAAUCUUUACUAUACUCUUAACAUAUUACGAGGGAGAUGCACAGGCACGCACUAAAGGGAUCGAGGAGAAAGUCCAGCAGUUGACGGACAUGACUUCUAAGAAGUCCAUAGUGUCCUUGAACCUCAGCAAGUUUAAGGAGUAUGUUAAAUCGCCGCCAAGGGAUUACUCUUUCAUAAUAAUGUUUACUGCAAUGGCACCUGCGAGACGCUGUGCUAUCUGCCAACAUGUAUUCGAUGAGUAUCUGAUCGUGGCCAACUCGUUCAGGUUCUCUCCUUCAUAUUCAAACAAAAUGUUCUUCGGUAUGGUCGAUUUUGAUGAAGGAUCUGAUAUUUUCCAAAUGCUCCGACUAAACACAGCGCCUGUGAUCAUGCACUUCCCAGCCAAAGGUAAACCCAAGCCAGCUGAUUCUAUGGACUUUGAAAGAGCUGGAAUCCAUGCUGAAGCUAUUGCCAAGUGGAUACAGGACAGGACUGAUGUUCAGAUCAGAGUAUUCAGACCGCCGAACUACUCCGGCGCGGUCGCUUUUUCCAUGCUGUUCAUCCUCGUAGCCGGUUUUCUGUACUUGCGCCGCAACAACCUAGAGUUCCUCUACAACACGCAAAUGUGGGCCGUCGCUGCGGUCUUCGUGUGCUUCGCCAUGGUCUCUGGACAGAUGUGGAACCAAAUCCGAGGUCCACCGUUCUUCCACAAAACCAAGAAUGGUCCAGUGUACAUAAACGGCGGUUCGCAUGGACAGUUCGUGUUGGAGAGUUAUAUUGUGGCUGUUUUGAACGGAGCCGUGGUGGUAGGCAUGAUCCUUAUGAUAGAAGCGGCUGGCGGAGUGAAGGGAGACGCAGUAAGAGUCCAGGCUGAAGGCAAGCGCAGGAGGUUCCAGUCUGUGGUGGGACUGGUGCUGGUGUGCGUGUUCUUCUCACUGCUGUUGUCAGUCUUCAGAGCGAAGACUCAAGGAUAUCCUUAUAGUUUCCUAUUCAAAUGAAGAUACAAAUAAUUAGCUUCAUUACUAGAGGUAAGGAUGUUCAAGUCGAAUAGUGUGCAAUGUAAGAUGUGUGUUUUGUUCAAUACAAUAUGUUAAUUUAU